AGGGAAACGAGAUUACUUCCACCCCUUAUUAUUUUCUCAGCCAUGUCUCGUUACCGGGACAUUGUAUCUCAUAUUGUUCUUCUUUUUAUAGUUUUUCUGUCACUGACAACUUUCACGUUGGCGUCUUCUCCUGCCUCAUUUUGCAAAUGCACUUGCUUCUCUAAUAGCACCAUAAUCCCCCUUCAUCCUGCGAAACCAGAGACUACCGCUCUAACCAGCGUUUUCCAUCUCCUCAGCCGUAGCGACUCCACCGAUGAUCACGACAACACAAAUGAAAGACGAGCCAGCAAAUAUCGCUCCCUAAGCUGCAACGAUUGCAAUCGAAAAUUUUGCCUUGACUAUGACUUGCCCACGUGUAAAGAUGCGAAAGAGGAGGACGUAUUUACUACGUGUUUCCAGAGAGACUCUAGGAAAGACGAGGCCAUAGUGUUCAUUUUCAUAAUUGCUACAAGCGGACUGCUAGCGUGGGCUGUCCUCAAACCAUGGAUACAAAAGUAUAUCGAGGCGGCAAGAGAACGGCGAUCAUACAUCCCUGUGUCUGAGAAUACAGACUGAUAACUGCCACCAGAUAUCUUCCAGAUACCCAUAAUGAGUAGCUACCUUCUACGGAGCACUUCAAAACUCUCUGUAUAUUUUUAGAUUCAUAUUUACGAAAGUUACGCUUUUGGAA